UAUUGGGCAUGCGUAAGCUACGUGGCGUCUGCUUCCGGUAACUGCCUAGGCUUCUGAAAAUUCUUGUCGUCACCUACAGAAUCUUUUAAACUAUUGGCGUCAAAGACAUGCACGAAUAAUGCAAAAAGGAGCCAUCGCCCAAAAACCACCAUAUUAAUUUUUUUAUCAAAACAAUCAAAGGUUAGAAUCCUAUUUUGCAGGUAUUGCCCCAGGCCCACUUUCGGAUUGAAAUACUCUGUGGUGUAGCUCAGUAACACUGAGAUCUGAACUACGGGUAUGCCAGUAGGAAUGCUGCAAAUAGGAUGCAUCCUAUGUAUCUUGGUAACUCCAGCUAUCUUAGCAGCUGAUGACUUUUAUCAGCUUCUGGGAGUAGACAAAAGUGCAUCAACAAAAGAAAUUAGGAAAGCCUUCAAGAAGUUAGCUAUAUCUGCACACCCAGAUAAAAAUACAGGAGAUCCAGACGCUCAUAACAAGUUUGUCCGCAUUAGUCGAGCUUAUGAAGUAUUGAAAGAUGAAGACUUGCGCAAGAAGUAUGAUCUGCACGGGGAGGCAGGGCUGAAUGAUGAUGCCAGAAGAGGGCGACAGUAUGAAAGCUGGCAGUGGUACCAACAGAACUUUGGUAUUUAUGAUGACGAUCCAGAAAUAAUCACAUUGAGCAAAUCUGAUUUUGAAUUGUCAGUGGAAGGAACAGAUGAUGUAUGGUUCAUCAAUUUCUACUCUCCCCACUGCUCCCACUGCCACGAACUUGCACCUGCUUGGCGAGAAAUGGCUCGAGAAUUGGAAGGAGUGAUUCGUGUUGGUGCAGUUAACUGUGAAGAUGACUGGCAAUUGUGCCGUAUGCAAGGCAUCAAUUCCUACCCAUCUUUGCAAAUGUACCCCAAGAGGGAGAGAUACAAUGGAGAACGCACAGUCUCUGCACUUGUCAAGCAUGCCAUGAGUGCAAUCUCAGCCAGAUACCAAACAUUGACCAAAGGAACUUUCGAAUCUGUAAUUGGCAAAGACACAAGUGGUCGACCAUGGCUGUUAACAUUUUGUGGAGAGGGAGACUGCCUGGAGCACAAGUCUUCUUUAAAGCUGGCAGCAAUAUUGGAGGAUCUGGUGCAUGUUGGUAUGGUGGAUUGUGAUAAGGAGUCUUCCUUAUGCAAGAAGCUUGGUCACAAACAUGGCAAUUAUUUCUUCUCUUCUUCCGAUGAAAUCACUAAUGGCAAUGGAAUGGAAAUAGAUUCUCUAGAAGUGAAAGAGGUAGCCUCAAAAGUUUUGUAUCAGUUGCCAGACGUUACCAACCUGGACAAAGACACAUUCAAGGCAAUCCUUGACAAGAUGAAGUGGGGCCAGGAGAAAGCAUGGCUGCUUCACUUUGUAGACUCGAGCCACUCCAACAACCUGGAACUACGGAAGCUGCCUGCCAUGAUCACUAACAUUAAGGUUGGAAGAGUCAACUGUGCUGAGCUGCCUGAAGAAUGUCUCAAGCUACACAUCCAAAAGUUUCCCACAUUUGUGAUUUUUAAACAAGAUGGUGGAGCUGAAGUGUACUAUGGGCGAGUGACUGCGCAUGAUGUGGCAGCAUUUGCUCAGGAUAGCACUGUGACACCAAUGACCACACUGGACCCUUCUGAUUUCCCUAACCGUGUGGUGCUAAGUCGUGACCCAUGGUUUGUUGACUUUUUUGCUCCAUGGUGUCCUCCUUGCAUGAGACUACUUCCCGAGUUUCGCAAGGCUGCCAAGCGGCUGGGCCACACAGUCAACUUUGGCACAGUUGAUUGCACGAUACAUACCAGUCUUUGCAGUUCGUAUAAUAUCCACUCUUAUCCCACUACCAUAUUCUACAAUCAGACUGUUCCCCACCAGUUCACUGGCCAGCACAAUGCACAUGAUCUGGUAGAAUUUAUAAAGGAUACUCUCAGCCCUCCUGUAAUCAGCCUGAAUUUUGAGACAUUUUAUCAGCUGGUUGGGAAUAAGCGAUCUGAUGAAAUCUGGGCUGUGGACUUCUUCGCUCCGUGGUGUGGUCCAUGCAUGCAACUAGCACCUGAGUGGCGUCGAUUAGCUAAGAUGCUACAGAAGACCACAUCAUAUGUCCAUGUUGCUCAAGUCAACUGUCAAGAGCACCAGCAUCUGUGUCAAAGAGAGGGAAUUCACUCAUACCCAUCUAUGCGCUUGUACCCUAUGGGUGUGGGAACCUCAUUUUUUGUAUACAAUGGCUGGAAUCGUGAUGCACAUUCACUGCAGGCCUGGGUUUAUGAGUUUGUACCCAGUCGAGUGGAAAGUCUCAGCUGGCAGACAUUUCCCACUCAAGUUUUAGACAGCUCACAGCCCUGGAUUGUUGACUUCUAUGCCCCAUGGUGUGGGCACUGUCAGGUGUUCAAGCCAGAAUUUGAACGUGUAGCUGAGAUGCUGGAGGGACAGGUUCGUGCAGGUAAAGUGGAUUGCGAUCAGCACAGGCAUCUGUGUACACAGGCAGGUGUAAAUGCUUACCCCAGCGUGCGCUUCUAUCCAGGAUCUACGUCACCUCAUGUUCGACAGCAUCCUUAUGGUUGGCAAAUCGAGAGCCAGAAUGCUGAACAGAUUGUGGCCUUCGUAAGAAAAAAUAUGCGACAGCCACAAGGCCGUGACGAGUUAUGAUGUUGCAUGGGUGACUAGGAGAAAAAUUCAGGGAGGAGUCUGGUUUCUUGCUGCUAAAAUCUCAGUCAGCAUUUGAGCCCUUACAUUAAAUGAAGCUGCUUCAUUUGUGUUCUCCACAUAUUUUUUUUAACUCACAUGUUUAAAGGUGGGAAGAAGUCACCCUCAGUUUUUGGUAUUUGCCAUGAGAAAAAGAUUUCAUAUCACACACUACUGGCUCACCAUCGUACAGACAUUCACCACUGAUUUUUCAGACUUUUAUUUAUUUCUAUUUUUUAAAAACCCUGUGCCCGUAACACAGGCGGCUGAAGAAUCUGCCAAAUGUUAAGAUCAAUGACUGCAGUGGGAGUGGCACAUCCAUCACAUCAGUUAUCUGAUAUUGAGUUUGAUGUCAGCCCUGUGACUUCAGUCUUGGCACAUCUUUGAACUACAACAUCAUCAUUAUGCUAAGUUAACCUCCCACUGCCUCAUCCUCAAACAUCUACAUGCAUGCACAGAGGCACAUUCUCAUGCCUACCUUAUACUGAUAUGUGACUGGAUGAACCUGUGGAAGUCUGCAUAUUGUUAGGGUUCUCGAUUGAAACUUUCUUGCAUGUCUCUCCACAAGUGUACUUACCCAUAUCUGAAUGUGUUUGUCUCUCUGCAUAUACCUAGAAAGUAAAGAUUUAUGUGAUUUCAAGAGACCAUGUGAGUGAGCAAACAGUAAAGUAUGUGGCGUCUUUUGCUGCAGAAAUAAGAAUAUCUUUGCCAGAUUAUUUUGAUUGAUCGCUAAAUAGAAAGUGGAUUAGUACUUUAUUGUGACUGGAAGUGUUUUGUCUUAUGAAAAGAUGUGUGUAGAAUAGGCGACUGAUUAAGCAUUUUUCUAAAUGGGUCUGUUUGGUGUAAGUAGCUGAUAGUGUUUGUCUCAAGAGAUGUCUGUAAUGAAGUGUUUGCCUUGAGAGAAGAUAUGUGUGAUGUGGGUAAGGGAGAAAGAUGCAUAUGGCAGAUAGGUUGUUGAAAAUGUUGUUGAAACUUCCUUGAAUGCAGAUUGUGAUGGAAGAUUUGUCCAGUUUAUUAUACAGCUGCUAAAAAAAAGCCAUGAUCAGAUUUGUCAUGGUUAGUGCAAUCAGGGUACUGUAUCGUUGGAUUCCAGAGCACACCAAUGUCAUGAGUUGUCCCAGCAAUGUGCCAUCAUUGACAUUACUCAUAAUUUUAUCAUACAGCUGAUUUAUGAUUUUUUAAUAAUGGCUACAGCUUUGCCUUAUUUGCUAGCACUGAUGUCCGUAAGCAUAUGCAGAAGCAUUCCCUAAUGUUGAUAUCUGUGCAGUUGUGACAUGUUUAUGGCAACUGUCAUUAUAGCUUUUUUUAGGUUAUAUGUUGUAUUAUGUUGUUACUUACAUAUAUCCUUAGUAGCCAGUACAGUCUGCAGGCGUCCAGUAUAUAAUAGCAUUUUCCUGGAUUGUAGGCGGCCAGUCUGUAUGUUCAAGUUCUGUCCAACUCCAUGAAUAGGGAAUGUUGGUGCUGUGACCAAAAAAGUCAGUUUGCAGAAGCCAUGCUGUGAAAGAAUGUUGCCAAAAUAACCGCACACAGAAACAAUAUAUUUAUGUUUUUGCUCAAAAUCUGUUGAACUUGUGUUGUAAUGAAUUUGCAGUUUCAGCACAGAAAGUCCUCAGGAAUAGUUGUGAGCCUAAAGAGCAAGCACUACAUAUCACCAAGAACUGGGUGAGAAAUCAGUCUCCUGUUUAGUGAUAUGAUAGUGUGGCAAAUGUCUUCAAGUCAGUGUGGGCAGUCUUAUGUCGCAGUGGUUUGCACUUGUCACCAUUGCAGUGAGGAUCGGCUGCUCUGGGUUCAGGGCACAGUGUUCUUCCUCAGCAUGUGGCAUCUGUUUACUGAGCUGGCUGCUUUGCAGUUAUAUAACUUUUAUGAGCUUAGCACAAAACACCAAUUUACCCUUACCCUCCAGAAAUUGUGGAAUAUACAACUUUUACUAGAAAGACUUGAUGAAAGCUCGAAAUGUGUGUAAAAGUUUAGUUUUUCUCAUACCAGCCUGGUGAAAACUAAAAAGCCACCUAAUAUCCACAAAACUCUUCAGUUUACUGACAGCUCAGAGUUGGAUUUUUAGCUCCAAAGAAAGUGUGUAGUCUGAGUUGGAUGUGUGUUUAUCUAACCUUUAGGUGUACAGCAGGAGGUCAAUAUUUAUGUUUCUUCUUGUUCUAGGGAAGUGAAAUUAGGAUUUGUGGAUCUUGCCAAACUGAAUUGGAUUCACAACUUUUUAUUGGAUAACUGGAACUAACUUAAUUUGUCUGAAUUUAACAAAAAUGAUUAUGCACACCACAUUAUAGUGAUUAUGAUUAAUGCAGAUUUGUUAAAGAUGCACGAUGAGAAUGUUUUUCUGCAAUUAUUGUUGGAGGUGCCAAAGUUUUUUUCUAAAAAGUUUAUUUUUAAAUCAAAUCUCUUCUUCGCUAUUGUGAGCCAUCAGUCAUGAAGUAACCAUAUUGGUUGAUGAUGCUUACACAGCUUCAUAUGUUAAUAUUUAUAAUGCCUUGAGAAACCAUGAACCUGGUGUUCAUGUAUUUUAAAACUAUUGUAUGAAUAUAUUUUUGUAGUUCACUUUAAUCGCCUGCUAUCGAUCUGUUUUCAUGUUGGGGUUCAGGGGUCGUGACUGAAGUUACAGGUAAAAUUUCUGCACCACAAUACACAUGUAAAAAGUCAUUGAAUAUGAUAAUUGGGUGUGUAGUCUAAAUCCAGCACUGUUGACAGUAAUAAAUUUAUUUGGAUAAAGUGGCA